AUGGCCUGGGAUGACAUGCAGGAAUUGGCCCCCAGGACAGCCCGUUCAACCUACUCCCAUCGAAUCCUCGGCAUGCAGCUUGAAGCCAGGAAGAAGAAUCCGGAAGCAAUACGGCCAGGUGGGCCGGAAUUCGAUGGGGACACCGGAAAUGAGGGCGUCGACGAGAACCUGCUCCAAUUUGAUGGUGGUCAACAGUGCA